UCUAUUAUAAUAUUAUCUAUAUUUUCGUAAAGUUCCAUUACCGUCAUGUUUGUAUUAAGCAGUGUGGUAGUCUCUUUUUAUUUAAGGAACAAGAGAGGGAUGACAAACAGUUUUUACACAAGUGUAACCACGGUGGGAACGCACGGUUACUAUAGUUAAUAAUAAUUGUAUAGUAGAGGGCAAGUGCAUACAAACGAUAAAGACUUUAUCAAGUGGCUCUGUUCUCAUUAAAUUCUACGCCAGUUAUGUUUGUUCCUCGACGACGGUAGCAUUGUUUCAGAAAAAAAAUGUUAUUUUUCCUUUUAUAUUUUGCUGCGAUUUUAUUAAUUCUUCAUAUUUUGUUGAAUUAUAAUAGAAAUGCAAGAUUGCUCAGGAAAAUACCUGGAUUAAAGGAUCAUUUUAUUGUUGGAGAUGCUUUAGCAGGAAUUAAAUCUCCAGUGGAACUUUUUCGUUUCGGAAGAGAAUUGGCAAAGAAACACAAUGGCAUAUACAGAUUCUGGUGUUUCCCACUUGGUGCUGUUUUUAUAUACAAUCCAGAUGACGUUGAAAUCAUUCUGACCAGCAUGAAAUAUCACGAGAAAAGCAUAAUAUACAAGUUUUUAAAACCUUGGCUUAACGAUGGACUGUUACUAAGUGGUGGAUCUAAAUGGUUACAUCGCAGGAAGAUUCUUACACCGGCUUUCCAUUUUAACAUUUUACGUCAAUACCUCGUGAGUCUGGAGGAUAGCGCCAGCCGGCUAGUCGACACAGUGAAUAAAGUUCUGAACGAUGAAGUCGACUUGGUACCUCUUAUAUCUGAAUGCACACUUCAGAGCAUUUGUGAAUCCGCAAUGGGCACUAAACUCAGUGACGACACAACGGGGAAGUCAUACAAAGAAGCAAUUCACAAGCUAGGAUUUUUAUUAGUCCAAAGAUUUAUCAAAAUUUAUCUAUACGCAGAUUUCUUUUUUAAUCUGUCCGCUCUUGCAAAGAAACAAAACAAAUAUCUCUCCAUUGUACAUAAUUUCACUCGUAAUGUUAUAAAAGAGAGAAAAAAAUACGUAAAAGACAACGGAAUAUGUUUAUCAAAUACUAUAAAUGGUAAUAAUAAUGAUUAUCUAAAUAUUUAUAGUAAGAAAAGAAGGACUGCGAUGUUGGAUUUGUUGAUAUUAGCAGAAAAAGAUGGUUUAAUAGAUAGUGCUGGUAUUGAAGAAGAAGUCGACACUUUCAUGUUUGAGGGUCAUGACACAACGGCAGCAGCUUUAACAUAUUGUUUAAUGUUAAUCGCUAACUACCCUGACAUUCAGAAUAAAAUAGUAGCGGAAUUAAAAGAUAUAUACGGUGAGACAAAACGAGCACCUACAAUUGAGGAUCUUAAUGCGAUGCGGUACUUGGAGAGAUGCAUCAAAGAAGCGAUCAGACUGUACCCGCCAGUGCCUUUUAUCAGCCGUAAACUAAAUGAUAGUGUCCAACUCAGUAAUUACACAGUACCAGCUGGAACAUUAUGCCACAUUCACAUUUAUGAUUUGCAUCGACUGGAGAGUUUGUACCCGAACCCUUUGAAGUUCGAUCCGGACAGGUUUCUGCCGGAGAAUGUUGCUACGCGUCACAACUACGCCUAUAUACCGUUCAGUGCUGGACCCAGAAAUUGUAUAGGACAAAAGUUUGCAAUGAUGCAGAUGAAAACUGCAGUGUCCGCCAUCUUGCUUAAUUUCAAAUUGCUCCCCGUCACUGGCUGCGCAGAUCUGCAGUUCCAAUCUGAUUUAAUAUUAAGAAACUCGAAGCCGGUGUAUGCGAAAUUUGUAAAAAGGGAAUAAAGGAAUAAUCAAAUUAUUUUAUAUUAAUUAUAAUCUUUAACUGUGUAAGCUUUU